AUGGAACAUUUAUCCAGAAGACAGGAAUCCCUAGUUUCUCAAAUAGAAUCAUCAAGCCCACCUUUUUCUUUUCUAAUGAAAAAUAUUGCAUUCUCCUGCAGGAGUGAGAAAGAAAUUUUUGAAUUGCUAUCUCUGAGAUAUGAGGAUGAAAAAGAAAUAUCAGUCAGGAUGGUUUAUCAAGGCAGAUUCACAGGUAACGCAGUAAUCCAAACUGAACGUAAAGAAAUUGCAAAAGAAAUAGUUUACGCCGAUGGAGGCUCUAUCAGAAAUAGGCAGGUAUGGCUGGAACUAGGACGCACAGAAAACCGAGACAGCUAUAGGGAUAGAGGACAAGGAAGAGGGAUUUCAAGACAGAAUUUUAAUGAAUAGAUAGGAUUAAAUUAGAUAAAAUUUUAGUGAGACGCGGAGGAUUAUUUCAGCCUCUAACCUUCUUAACUGGCUUUGAGCUAAGGUUGCCCUAAAGUACCGGCAGUCAUAUGUAGCCCCCUUUUCCUGUCAAUACCUCUCGGGAAGACUCACCCGACCAUAAUUGGAUAUUGCCUCCGUGACCAAGGACUUUCUAAGUCUCUGAUAGUGCUCAGAGUAUAAGUUUAUCGCCCAAAGCCUUAUUUUAGGACUACCAUGCCUAUAGGCAAAUUUUGCUUCCCUAGAAGCAUGAACUGGCACUACUACUUCGGUUUCUCGUCUGUGGGCCGAGGAAAAAAGCCUGUCAUAAGUCUUGACUAGGCAAACCUGCCCCAGACUCCCUCAAACGAUGGAAUCGAUUUAAUUGGAGCCAGGAUCAACUCGCCGGCUACCUUGGACCUAUAAUUAACUCGCCAUCUGUUUAAACGUGAAUUUUAAUGAAGAAUAUGAAGAGCAACCUAAUUACCAAAGUAGAAGAGGUAGCGGAAGGCCAAUGAGAGGAAUUGGGCACUUCAUUGAUUUAAAGCAAAUUCCUUAUGAGUUCCCUAAAUCUGACCCCAUGCUUGACUCAACAAUUCUAUAUAAUACUUUCAAAAACAAUUUUAGUAUUUUAUAUAAUAUUAAAAGAGAUUAUGCAUGCUUACGAUGAAUAGCCCUUUAAGGAGCAUAUUUACAUUAGCCAAAUUUAGAUUAAAUUAGCCAAAUUUUUUUAAGCCAACUGACGUAUAAUUAAUGAAAAGUAAUCAUUAUGGGAAUUAAUGAAAAAUAAUCAUUAGUGGGUCAUUCUCCUUAAACUUAUAUAGUUAAUAUUUAUAAUAAUUCAUGGAAAUAGAAUGCAAAAAGUAAGCUCUAAUAUUUGCAUUGUGCACGAAAGCAAUAAAUUGUAUAUCUUAUUAUAUAUAUAUAAACUAUUUUAUGAAAUUUUUUAUCUAUACUUGAUCACAGUGUCCCUGCUCUUUCAAGGAUGAUGAUGAAGUGAGGAACAAAAGGGAAAUAAGGAAGAGAAAAAAGAAAACACAAAAAUUGAGAUACCAAAGCAACCUGAGAGGAAAUUACCAGAAGCAAAGCCAAAGGAAAUAAGGAGCCCAGAAGCAAAACUAGAAAAUUAUAGCGUGGAAACUUUUAUUGUCAAAGUAAAUGGUGAUCCAGAUGAAGCAGCUAAUUUUCUGUUAAACAAUAAAAAGAAAAUGGAACAAGCUGAAAUGGUUGAACACUUUGUAGCAGCGUUUAAAAAGUCCUCAAAAGAUAUAGCCCAGCAAGCAUUUGACCUGCUGAUCGCAUUUAACAUCAGCAACGUUAAAGCCUAUAUCUCAAUUAACCUCAUAAAAUCCCUCUCAAAUAUCAGAUUUUCUAAAGAAAAUUUCUCAAACCUUCUCAGGGACAACUGGAAACUUGUAGAUCCUCAAUCUUUAAUCCAUCUUACCCGAGCAAAAUUUAUCGAUAUCCCUAUCGAAGAGGCAGCGAGCCAUUUAUUUUCUAUAUGAAACACAAAUGAAUACGAAAAGGCGGUAAAAAUGGCUGAUGAUUUUGAGCUGUCUUCAGUCCUUGAGAACAAAUUUUCUGCCAUUUCAAAGCUUUUAGCCAACGAUUUGGUCGACUUAGUUUUUUGCUUGGUAGGUACAGAUUUAAGGCUCGCUAAAAAAGCAAUUAAAAUGAUGAGCAACAAGAAACACUCCAAAGAAGCAGCAAAGCUUGUAGAUAAGCUGGAUAUAGAUAUAAGUGAAUUUCCUGAAAUGAUGAGCGUUCUAAAAGGAAAUUCUAUGAAUUAUCUUAUGUACAUUGAAGGAAUUGGGUGGUAUAGGCUAGCUGAUAUGGUGUCUGAUGAUAUUGAAUCAAUAGGGAUUAUGAUAAAAAGUUUCUAUGAUAAGUAUGCAAGGAAAAGGCAAGACUACUUUGGGGCGGUUGCCGCAAAUUUAUAUAAUAUGUACCCUCAAGUUGUGAGCCAGCUGAAUUCCUCUAUAAUUCAAGAGUUAGAAAAAAUCCCAUACAGGCCAUACAAUUUCCCUGAUAUAUAUGGGCCUCUUAACAACUUCAGCAUAAAAUCAUCUUUGCCUAUGGAAAGAGUCCUUUUUAUAGAUACUGAGGCAAAGCUUUCCCAAAUGGUUUGAACUGGAAGCAUCGUCGGCUUGGACAGUGAAUGGAAGCCUGCAAGAGUAAAAUUUGACAAGCCAAAGAUCGCUUUAUUUCAAAUCGGUUUUGAAGACGUUGUUUAUCUAGUAGACAUGAUCAAGUUAAAUAGAAGCCCACUACUAAACAAUAUGCUAGCUGAGCUAUUUUCUAAUGAAACCAUUGUAAAGUUAGGAAUAAAUUUUGUAGGUGACAAAGGACAUUUUAAAAAGGACUAUCCUCAUAUGACAUGCUUUGACAUUGAAUUCAAAAAUUUUGUAGAUUUAUUGGAACAGUAUAAAGACUUGUUCAAAGAAAACUCUGGAGGACUUGCAGGGUUAUGUGAAGUUAUUUUAGGGAAGCAUUUGUGCAAAGGGGAGCAGAUUUCUAAUUGGGAGAGAAGGCCACUUAGAUUAUCACAAAUACACUAUGCGUCGUUAGAUGCAUUUGUUUUGAUAAGUUUGCAUAAUGAAAUGAAUUUGCGUGGAGUCAUUACAUUACAUUACAUUAGAAUUUAUAUCGCUUAACGUCCACUACGGGGUUACAACUCCAGGUUUAUCACUCGCCUUUCGUCGCAUCGGGCCCACCAGUCUGCUGGAGACAAACUUGCUUCGAUCACCAAGUGCUUCUAGGGCAAAUGUCCACGUCUUCGACGGCUCAUGGAUGAGCUACUUGCUUGUACAUGGGUUGCUUUUCCGAAAAACCCAAAAAAUGGAUUUUUCUGGUCGGCUAUCGGCAAAAAGGAAAAAUGCAAAGCCUGGGACGUAACGCCCAGUUUCACGCUAGGGAGUUGCCCGAAUGGUCCAGAGGACUUUGCUGGGCUUCCCCUUUCCAACCCUGCACCCUCCUUCCCCACGAGGAAAAAUCCACCCCUGAGAAUAGACUAGGGCUAGGCUCUGAAAGCUACCAGAAUUGCUUACCUAGCAUUGCUGUCCAUCUCUGAAAUGGUAAAACCUUGCCGGAUAUAAUUAAAAUAUGAGUCGAGGCUGCAUGGCCGGGAGGCCAUGCCCAGACGAAGACGCCAUAUUUUAAUUAUGAAUUUGCGUGGAGUCAGUGCGAAAAAAUUCGAAAAAGUUGGCAAAGGAUGUGAUAAUUGUGGGAGCAAGCUGCAUGAAAAGAGAUCUUGUAGAAGGGGGCCAAAAUGCCAAAUUUGUCAGACGCUUGGGCAUCUGGCAAGACAAUGUCCUUACCAACAGAUAUAUAAUUAG